AUGUUGCUGCUGCUGCUGCUGCUGCUGUUGCUGCUGCUGCUGUUGCUGUUGCUGCUGCUGCUGUUGCUGCUGCUGCUGUUGCUGUUGCUGCUGUUGUUCGUGGGCUUUGGCUUUUUUUUGCUGGAAUUCUGCUUCUUCAUUCUUCGCACAAAAUGA